AUGCAAAUUUUUGUAAUUAAAAUAAUUAAACCGAAAUAUUUGGUUUUUUAUAUUAAAAAUUGGCAUUUCCGAAUGUUAAUAAUAAAGCCCGCGUUAGCAACCGAAUUUAAUAAUAAACGCCAUUUUUCAUUCGUUUUUUUAAAGCAAUUUCGUUUAAUAUUUUUUUAA